AUGGAGCUUGGAGUGGGUCACUGCUACCACCGCUUCUAUGCCAGCAUCCCCUCCCUGCACAACAGCCACCGGGUCCUUCACUACCACAUUCCUCCAGGAAGGCCGACUGGUUUCCACCCCGGGCCUUACAGUGCUGUCCCUUCUACCCCCAUGCUUCCUGUGGCUCCUCACUUGGCCACUCUUCUCGUCACUGAAACUGGAAAUGUGAUUUGCAGAUCAUGCAAACUCUCUAUCGCCUUCCAUGGAUGUCUUUUAGACUUUGGAACCUGCAGAACAAAACCUGGUCAGUACUGUAAAAUAGAGAUAUACAAUAAAGGAGGCAUUGAAUGGUAUUCAACUAAAGGCUGCACAGAGAACACAACAGAGUGCUUCCAGAAAAUCAAGAGAUCUCAUGGAAUCUACUCUACUCACUGUUGCCUUGGUCCUUUGUGCAAUUUCUGA